AUGCCUGCCGCCAAAGUCAGCGGGUAUAUUGGCUUGGCGUGUGACCUGUCCCCAACGAGCGCCAGUACUUCAGCAGCUGGCUCGCCUCGAAGCUCUGCGCCUGCAUCUCCGAAGGGAUCCUUUCUGAAAGAGGAGGUCGUGGCCUGGCAGCAAGACCUCCUUCGGGAGUUUUCGUCACCGGCCUUCCAGAAGAGACUGCGGCAAGCUUCUUGCCUGCAACCGGUUGAGUACGAGAAAGCCCGAACGGCUUUAGUGCGCGAUGCACAGUGGGCCAUCGCUCCGCAGCACGGCUUGCCCGCCACGGACUUAAGCAUUGAGCAGAUGCUCCUGGCCGUGGACCAGUUUCUGGAUGACGUGGAUGUGUCGGUGAACCAGCAGAUCAUCCAGGAGCACUUGGUGGCCUGCGAGGUGCCAGUGCCUGGCAAGGAGCAAACGGCCGUGCCGCUGGGUCAUGACAAGACGGUGCUCGGCAAGAGAGAUAUUAUCAGACUGCUCAAGAGCCUCCAGGUCAGUUUCAGCGAGCCAAACUUCCAGCAGGAGCUUGCAAAGCUGAAGGAAUCGGACAUAAAAGCAUCCGGCACAGCAGAAGCUAAGGGCUUUCUCCAGCUUCCUGGGCGAAAUGAGCUUGCUUUCGCCAUCCAGCUGCAGUUGGCUCCCUGCUUUGGCUUUGAGGCCAGCAAGCAGGGCAUCCUAGCAAUGAUCUCCACGUGCGGGCAGUUUUUGAAGGAUCCGGAGAUCUCCGAGCUGUUCGAUGCCGUCAACAUGAAGUUGGGCAUGACUCCGGAAGCAUGCAAAGCCUUCCGAGCGAAAGUACUGCCCUAA